CUGGAACUUUCCGGGGCCGGGCCCGGUGGGAGGAGAGGACGGAGGAUGACUCCGCAACUUAGGCCGGCGGUGAGUCAGCAUGAGGGACGUGUAUAUAUACCGAGAGCGGGAGGUCGGGGCCAAGAACUGCAGCAGCACGUCCGACAGGAAAUUCACCUUUCAAAGAUUUUUACGGCUCUAAACAAUGGAGCUUCCAGAUUUAGGAAAACAUUGCUCCGAAGUCACGUGCAAACAGCUAGAUUUCCUCCCUAUGACGUGUGAUGCUUGCGAGGAUGUUUUUUGUAAGGACCACAUAACCUAUGACCAACAUAAGUGUUCUUCUGCUUACAAGAAGGAUGUGCAAGUCCCUGUUUGUCCACUGUGUGGCGCCCCAGUACCAGUAAAGAGAGGAGAACUGGCAGACGUUGCAGUUGGACAGCACAUUGACAGAAACUGCAGUUUUGAGCCUUCUAAGCGGAAACAGAAGAUUUUUAAAAAUCGAUGCCAUAAACCAGGAUGCAAGAAGAAAGAGCUGAUGAAGAUUGAAUGCGACCAGUGUCACAGUAACUUCUGCCUUUCUCACAGACAUCCAUUGGAUCACGACUGCCAGUCAAAAGGGCAGGCCCUGUCUAAGGCUGGAUAUGCCGCCUUGAUAAGAUCUCAGAAGACUUCAGAGCAAAACAGAGCAGCCAUCGCUUUUCCCUUUAAGGCACAGGAGGCAAAGCCGCCUGGAUGGUGCAGAGAUAUAGGUGAAAGCAGCCCUCCAGUGACCUCUGCAGAACCCGUGAUAUCUGAUUUUGGCCUGCACAACGGAUUGAGUGAAGAAGAAGCUCUGCAGAGGGCACUAGAGCUGUCAAUUCUGGAAGCUGGAAUAAACAACCUGCUGACUCUCAGAAAUCCAACCAUCAACACGAUAAAGACCGGCAGCCAGUGAAAGCUUCUCAUCAGUGCUGAUAAUGGACUACAAAUGAGCUGGUUUUCCCCAUCACUGAACAUCCAGACUGGACACUUUAUAAAUGUAUCAAGGAUGACACGACAGCGGGAGCCUAAGACCACCACUAGAAAUCACUUUUUUUCUUUGCUGUUAUUUAUUAUAAUGUUUCUAUAUACUAUAUAUUUCUCUAUCAACUGUGGGCUGUAAAUAUGGCUGGCAAUAUCCAGUAAAGAAUUUUAAUU